GUUAGGACAUCGCCGCUAUGCAGAAACUGUUCAAAAUACAUGAAACAGUUUGUGAUAUUUAAUUGUUUUAAUAAAUGAAUGGAUUAAUAUCACGUUAUUCAUAAAUCAACAACAUUUCAUCACCUGUUAAAAGUUUGUCGCUGGAUUUGUUUCUUGAAGGUUUUGUUUAUACGCGUGCUGCGUGGUUUUACAUCCGUAAACAAGGAAACUGCACCUCCCCCUAAUUGACGUAGAGUGCGGAAGCAAAUUCAGAACUCAAAACUGAAGAGGCAAAGGCAAAGAUUAUACUUUUACCGGUCUCACUUGAAGGAAGUAUGGCGACAGGGGGGACCUCCUCUUCCAGUGGGGAGGGCUUCCUCUCAAGAAUGGCCCUCAAUGACAACAAGGCUGGAAUGGAGGGCCUUAACAGGGACAAGAUUAACAAGAUCAUCAUGGAGUCCUCCAAGGGCUCCAGGUUCUAUGAGAACGAGCUGAAGAAGGAACAGCAGGUGAACCAGCGCAUUGAGAGGAUGAUGUUGCAGAAAGCACACAUCACUGAGCAACAGCUGAGCAAAGCGCAAGCACAGGUGGAGAAGAUGACCUCUGACCUGGAGAGGGGGCGUGACCUGAGCCGUGUGAUUGUGCAUGUGGAUAUGGAUGCCUUCUAUGCUGCGGUGGAGACGAGAGACUGUCCUUACCUGAUGGACAAACCCAUGGCCGUGGGCUCCAUGAGCAUGUUGUCAACAUCCAACUACCAUGCCAGGAAGUUUGGGGUUCGUGCCGCCAUGCCUGGCUUCAUCGCAAAGAAGCUCUGCCCAAACCUGGUUAUUGUUCCAACCAACUUUGACAAAUACAGAGCAGUGAGCGCUGAAGUCCGGGAGGUGUUUGCAGACUAUGACCCUCACUUCCUGCCCAUGAGUCUCGACGAAGCAUACCUGGACAUCAGUGACCACCUUGAGCAGAGGAGAGGCUGGCCAGAGGCCCUCCGUACCCACCGUCUCCACACCAACAACACUGGGACAGCUAGAGUUGAGGACCAUGGUGGCCUACAGGAGACAGUAGAGGUAGAGGGUUUGUCUCCUGUCCUGUUUGAGAACAGCCCCAGCUCCUCCCCCUGUCUGCAGGAUGCUGCUGGGGGAGAGGUGGAAGUGUUUGGGACCUGUGCCGAGGAGGCGGUAAGAGAGUUGCGCUUCCGCAUCGAGCAGAAGACCUCACUAACUGCCAGCGCAGGCAUUGCCCCAAAUAUGAUGCUGGCCAAGGUGUGUAGUGAUAAGAACAAACCCAACGGCCAGUACAGACUCCCCUCUAACCAACAGGCUGUCAUAGACUUCAUACAGGACCUGCCAGUCCGGAAGAUCUCAGGCAUUGGGAAGGUGACAGAGAAGAUGCUGGGAGCUCUAGGUAUCACCAGCUGUUCCCAUCUUGGCCAGGAGAUGGCGCUGCUGGCCCUGCUGUUCCCUGAGACGGCUUGGCAUCACUUCCUCCACAUCUCCAUGGGCCUGGGCUCCACACACAUCGAGAGGUGCUGGCGGGCAAGCAGAGGGGGGGACGGAGAGAGAAAAAGCAUGAGUACAGAGAGGACUUUUGGAGAGAUGGGUGCAUUAGAGGAGCAGUUCUCGCUGUGCAAGGAGCUGUGCCAAGACCUGGCUCUGGACCUGCAGAAGGAGGCGCUCAAGGGCAAGACGGUGACGUUGAAGCUGAAAAAUGUCAACUUUGAGGUGAAAACCAGAGCGUGGACGUUGCCGUGUGCUGUUGCUACGACGGAAGAGCUCUUUGCUGUCGCUAAGGACUUGCUGAAGACUGAGAUCGACAACGUCAGCCCCCAGCCACUGAGACUGAGGCUUAUGGGCGUUCGGGUUUCCAGUUUUGCCAGUGCUGACGACAAGAAACCCCUGCAGAAGAGCAUUGUGGGAUUUCUCCAUAAAAAACAGACUGACUCUAGUAGCACCUCCCAGAUCUCCUCCCACAAGCCUGUGAAAGAGCAUCCACCUAAGCCUCCAGGCCAGACUCAGUCCUCUGCCUGCCCUUCCAUGGUACAGCAGAGACAGGGGCAAGAGGGUCACGCCUGGGUACCCAGCCGGGGAGGGGUGGAGGUGGGCGGGACUGGGGAGAACCAGCAGUCCUUCUUGCAGAGAGCUCACGCCCAGAGGCUGCGACUGCAAGCUGAGAGAGAGGACCCACCAGAGAAGGGAGAUUGUAAUGGCUUCGAGACCAGACGGGGCCCAACCUCAUCGACCACCACCCCCGAAGGGACACAGACACACACUCCGAAGAAUACAAAUACAUCAGCAGAGACAGACAUCUCUAUGAGUGCAUUGACGGCUUCGGACAAAAUGACACAUGAACCUUCAGCCCAUGCAUCUACUUCAUCAUGCUGUUCAACAGAGCCAGAGUCAGGGACAGACAGUCUGACCUGCCCUGUAUGCUUCAGGGAGGUGAACACCACAGAGCUGACAGUCUUCAACAGACACAUUGACCAGUGUCUCAGUGGGGUUACUAUGGGGCAAAACAACCACACAGACACAGAGCUAGAGAGAGGCCCCAGUGUCUGUGAGGAGGAGGUGGAGAAAGAGAUAACUGGAGGGAAGAGGGAGGAGGGGCCGAUGGAGAAAGGAAGUAAGCUGCUCAGUAGGUGCGUGUUGGACUCAGUGAGCCUUCGAUUAGACUCAAGUGCAGGUGAUCAUACGGAGUCCACUACAGGUUUACUUCUAUAUGAGACGAGUACAGCUAAUAUUUCACUAAGCACUGUGGGCCUGAACCCUGUCUGCCUUAACACUUGUCCAAAUGGAGAUGUAUCUAUACAUAGAGCUAACACCCUGAAGGUUUCAUCUCAAAGUGACCCUCAUGUUCGGGUUUGUCUGUUGUCCCCCGGUGGCCCUCGGCCAAUGACUACGCCCAAGCCCGAAUCACGUGACCACAGAGGCCCCGCCCUCACCUGUCCAGUGUGUCAGGAGACCCAGGACACCAAUGACCUCACCCUUUUUAACCGACACGUUGACCUCUGUCUGAACCAGGAAGUCCUGCAUGAGCUUGGGGGACUGGCAUCUGUGGACCGCACCACCCACACCGCACCACCUGCUGCCCACAAAGAGCGAGAGCAGCACCUGCAGAGAGCGCCGCAGAAAGGCAAGAGCAAAAGGAGAGGCUUGUCUCCCCCACCCCCCUCUAAGAAGGCCAAAGCCCUGGGCCCAGCUUGGAACACUAUUGACAAGUUCUUCAGACGAUCCUGUGUAUGAAGUAUUAUGCUCAGACAGUGAUAAUGACUGACUGUUACCUUGAUCUCAGGUGAAUGGAGUGCUGGUGACCUCACUAGCAACCAUCCCUACCUACCUAGUACUUCUUGGAUUGCUGGGAAUUUGGGUUGCUCACUCAAGCAUUGAAGAUGCACUUCUUUCAAAAUAAAUACAUUUUUAUCUCUUGUGCAGUUUUUUUUUUUUAAGUAAUAAUGGUCAUAAGUUAGCAGGCAGAACCUUUGCAGGGGUUUUAGUGAAGGUAGUUGAUGCAAACCAGUACCAGUAUGAGAUGGUGUAUUUUUGCAUAAGAUAACUUAAAUAUAGGCAAUGUAUAAAAAAUAAAAAUCAAUUAAUAUUAUUGUAUUCAAAUUUCAUAGGCUAUUUUUCUUACGGAAAAUAAAACUUGCCACCACUGUAAAUGUGGCUCAAUGAA